AUGGAAUCUGUACUACUUCAUUUAGUGUGUAUAACAGGAUUUGUGAAACUGAGUCGAAGAACUAUUGUUUAUUCAGGAGGAAGCCAUGAAAGUCAAGAUCUUGCAGAAAAGCAAACUGUUGCUCUUAACUUUCAUAUGCUAUUUGUGUCCUGCAUACCCCAAAAACACAGAGCUCCAACACAUGAGCUUACAAUGUGGAGUUGCUUUUGUCUUAACGGGAUUGUUUGUUCUGGGAACAACAGAUGGCAUGCAGUUGCUUCAUGGACAUGGGAUGCUCAAGACGAAACAUGUGGGAUAUGUCGGAUGGCUUUUGAUGGUUGUUGUCCCGACUGCAAACUCCCUGGGGAUGAUUGCCCUCUAAUUUGGGGAGCUUGCAACCACGCGUUUCAUCUGCACUGCAUAUUGAAAUGGGUGAAUUCGCAGACGAGCCAAGCUCAUUGCCCUAUGUGCCGAAGAGAAUGGCAGUUCAAGGAGUAG